UCCUAACUGCACCGCCCCAGGCUGUAAGAUCAACACACCCCUGAAUCCCCAUGGAGGAGUAGGAGAGGCUUAAAAAAAAGCCACAGAGAGCUGGUAGUGAGAAGGACAGAAAGGAGUGAAAAAGAUUGGAGACCGACAGAAAGUGAGGUGCAGGAGGAGCAGAAGGCCCCCUCAUGGACGUUAAGGGGAAGACAGAGACACUGACACACACCGAGUGACAGACUGACUGACUCAAGCCCAGACGGUGUAAGGUGGGUGCAGAUGCCACAUGGUGUUGUGGAGGGAGUCAAGGCGUCGCAACUGCCCCGGCUGUGAUUAGUCUGAAUCUGGCAAGGACUGAGACCAGCAUAGAGAGUCACCACUUGGACAAUGGACAAUCACAACCAAGACGGCGAUGAAGGGGGGACAGGGGAGGACGGCAAGAAGCUCUUCAUCAAUAUGGACGAGAGUGACAAGAAGAGCAAGGAGCAGCGCAACAAGGCCGAGAAGGGCGAGAAGGAGGAGCAGCUGAGCCUGUCCGAGAAAGAGAAGGAGGGCGCGAAGCGCGAUAGCCGGCGCUCGGGCUCGCUGUGGCGCGGAGGCUGGGCGCUGACCGAGCGCCUGGCCAUCAACGUGUCGGGCAUGCGUUACGAGACGCAGCUGCGCACGCUGGCGCAGUUCCCCGACUCUCUGCUGGGCGACCCGCGCCGCCGCCUGCGCUACUUCGACCCGCUGCGCAACGAGCUCUUCCUGGACCGCAGCCGCGUCUGUUUCGACGCCAUUCUCUACUUCUACCAGUCGGGCGGCCGCCUCCGCCGGCCCGCCAACGUGCCCCUGGACGUCUUUAUGGAGGAGCUGCGCUUCUACGAGCUGGGCGAGGACAUCGUGGCGCGCUUCAAGGAGGACGAGGGCUUCCCCAAGGAGAUCCCGCGUCCGCUGCCCGACAACGAGCUCCAGCGCAAGCUGUGGAUGCUCUUUGAGCACCCGGAGUCGUCGAGCGGCGCUCGCAUCAUCGCCAUCAUCAGCGUCAUGGUCAUCGUGGUGUCCAUCCUCAUCUUCUGCCUGGAGACACUGCCCGACUUCAGACAGGAGAAGGAACGGCGAGAGCAACCCAGAAUAAUGCCCCACCCUCACAUCCCCAACACCACCAUCACGGUGCCUUCGGACAGCACGCCCUUCGACGACCCCUUCUUCGUGGUGGAGACGCUAUGCAUCUGCUGGUUCUCCUUUGAGCUCGUCAUGCGCUUCAUCUGCUCGCCCAGCAAGACCAGCUUCUUCAAGGACGUGAUGAACGUCAUCGACUUCUUCGCCAUCAUUCCCUACUUUGUGACGCUCGGCACGGAGCUGGUGAGCACCAAGGGCCAGCCUCCCACCAUGUCCCUGGCCAUCAUCCGUGUCAUCCGUCUAGUGAGAGUCUUCCGAAUCUUCAAGCUCUCGCGCCACUCCAAGGGCCUGCAGAUCCUGGGCCAGACGCUGAAGGCCAGCCUGCGCGAGCUGGCGCUGCUCAUCUUCUUCCUCUUCAUCGGCGUCAUCCUCUUCUCCAGCGCCGUCUACUUCGCCGAGGUGGACAGCCCGGACACCUCCUUCACCAGCAUCCCCGAGGCCUUCUGGUGGGCCGUGGUCUCCAUGACGACGGUGGGCUACGGCGACAUGUACCCGGUGACGGUCGGCGGCAAGCUGGUGGGCUCCAUGUGCGCCAUCGCCGGCGUGCUCACCAUCUCGCUGCCCGUGCCCGUCAUCGUCUCCAACUUCAGCUACUUCUACCACCGCGAGAUGGAGUGCGAGGACACCAACGAGUACACGCACAUCAACACCUCCCUCUGGGAGGACGAGGAGCACGACGAGGACGAGGAGUACGUGGACAGGGAGGGCAUGGAGGGGGAGAGUGACUACGCACCCCUGGAGGGGGGCGGUGGCACGGCGCACAGGGGCAUCUGCGGGCCUCUUAACGGAACACUGCUGGCGGGACUGUGCGCCGGGCAGGGCGAGGAGUUCUUGGGAGGCAACGUGUACCUGCGUGAGCCACUGGUAACACAGGUAUGAGGAGGGACGACAAAGAAAGAGAGGUGGAAAGAGAUAGAGAUAAAAGGGUGGUGACUUUGGGGGGCGAACACAGACUUGUAUGUUCUAUCUCAGACAUGAGAGAGGAAAGUGGAAGAGAGGCAAAGAAUGGACUUUGUCACAUGCUACGCAAUGACUGAUUUAGACGUACCAUUUUACGCACAUUAAAUAGGGGUGUGUAUAGAAAAAUGUUUUAUAUUACUGAACAGUCUCCACAGAUCAACAUCCAUCACACAGUAAAACUCAUAUACAAAAGUUAAAGCUUUGAAUAUUCAUAUAUUGUCUACUAUUUGUACUUUAAAUGUUAUAUGAAUUUGAGUUUGAAGUUAGAGAAAUAAAAUUGCAAUUCUGUUCAAAUUGAGAAGUUUGAGUGUUAUAACAGGAUAAGCUGAUGGUAAUAUCACUGCUGCAGUGUUAUACAAAUAAAUACAGAAAUAAACAUGUAAAUAAAAUAUUUAUCUUGAAAUACGUGGUCUCAUGCGUGAGGGAACAGCUUCCCCCAUGGUGUUAACUGACUUUUUAUAGCUGUCUCACUGACAUGCCACAGAGGUCAAUGUUGCACAUGUAUAUGAUCCGUAGACACUUGUUUGUUGUCAAAACAACCAUCAUCAUAAGGGGGGCAGUGGUAACCAACUCACCAAUAAGUCUUAAGUGCAUAAGUCCCUACUGGUGAAUGAUUCUUACAGAGAUAUUACAUUAUGUGUUCUACUGCCAGCCAAUACAAUUUUUAAUGUAUAGUUUUCAAUUAGUGUAUUUUAAUUCUGUAAAAUGUAUGUACUAGAAUGAGAAUAAUUGCAUAAACUAAAGAUUUUAAUUGUAUGACUUGUAUGGUGAGCUUUGUGUGUGUGUGUGUGUGUGUGUGUGUGUGUGUGUGUGUGCGUGUGUGCGUGUGUGCGCGCAGUAUGAUGUGUGGACUGUCAAUGAGCAGACAGUUGUGUGGACACCAUGUUCUAUAUUAUGUAAAUGUAUUUAAUAAAGAUUACCUUAUCA